AUCAACUCGAUACUCAAUUCUUCAACACUAUCCUUCAACCCACGAACCGCUUUCAAUCAUGCAUAACAUCAUGGGGAGGCUCAAUAGCGUCUCUGCUUUCGCAACCACAGUCGUGAUGUUUUUAAUGGUUGCCAUCUCUGGUGUAAGCUGGCUAACGAGGCCAACCGUCUCACCUGGUCGAGUUGAAGUCUCAGAUGUAGUAGUCACAUGGGGUACAGAUAAUCGGGAUUACUAUGAUCGAAAACCAAGAGAAUGGACUAAUUUACGAUUCGGAGUUGAAGCUGAUCUUCGUCCUCUAUUUAACUAUAACACAAAACAAAUUUUCGUUUAUUUGGUAGCCACUUAUGCUACACCAACUUUUCCUGAAAAUGAAGUAGUUUUAUGGGAUCGAAUCAUUCGUAAAUCUCAAGACGCUAAAAUCAAUCUAAGUGGAGCUCGAAACAAAUAUGCAUUUAAACAUAUUGGUGGAUCUUUCAAGAAUGCAACGGCUACUUAUACCUUACAUUAUAAUGUGAUGCCUAAGAUGGGUGCCUUGGUUUGGGGAACUGCUGGCAGCACUCCAGAACCUGUACCUUUUCCUGGAGUGACAUCUGGAAGGGGAAGAUGAUGAAUUGUUCAAUCGGAUCUAUCAUUUCAACACCAAUAGAGCAAGUUGACAAAAAGUGCACUUGAGAGGGGGCAUGAAAAGCUCUUUCGGCUUUGAUACUAAGCAUGUUGGUUGGUUAAUAAGGAACGAUGAUGAGGUAGUUCAAAAUGCGAUCACCAAUUAAGCAUCCUUACUAGAUCGUGUUCAUCAGUGACUUGUUGCAGUAAAACCUUUGUAUCGUUUUUUUCUAGCAUCGGGUUCUUGAUUCUUUUGGUGUUGUGUUUGUUUGUGGAGGAUUUCUCUUUUCGUGGUCUGGGCAGUAGCCAAAAAAUCGUUUAGAGUGAUUUAUAGUUUUGCAUCAAAAAUGUGAUUAUGUGAGGCAAUCAUCU